GAGUCGAGAGCACGAUUGGCGGGGCGUUUGGACCAUAGCUGCAUUGUCCGCAGCGAUGAGCGCCGCCGGAGCCAUAGCGGCUGCUUCCGUGGGACGCCUGCGCACUGGUGUCCGGAGGCCCUUCUCAGAGUAUGGAAGAGGCCUCAUCAUCAGGUGUCACAGUUCGGGGAUGACCUUAGACAAUAUUAACCGGGCAGCCGUGGAUCGAAUAAUUCGGGUGGAUCACGCUGGUGAAUAUGGAGCAAACCGCAUCUAUGCAGGGCAAAUGGCCGUGCUCGGUCGGACCAGUGUUGGCCCUGUCAUUCAGAAAAUGUGGGAUCAAGAGAAGAACCAUUUGAAAAAGUUCAACGAGUUGAUGAUUGCAUUCAGGGUCCGACCUACGGUUUUGAUGCCCUUGUGGAACGUGGCAGGCUUUGCCCUGGGGGCAGGAACUGCCUUGCUGGGGAAGGAAGGAGCAAUGGCCUGCACCGUGGCGGUAGAAGAGUCUAUCGCUAAUCACUACAACAACCAGAUCCGCAUGCUGAUGGAAGAGGACCCUGAGAAGUAUGAGGAGCUGCUGCAGGUCAUCAAGCAGUUUCGCGAUGAGGAGCUUGAACACCACGAUACAGGCCUGGACCAUGACGCAGAGCUGCCCUUUCAGUGCCUCAACAGCUGGAAACACAUUCCAAGCUAUAUGUCUUCACCGGGCAGGGACAAUGAUCAUGAAAAAAAAAGUCAUCAAAACACAAAGUGGAGAACCUGGGAAACAGCAAUGUGCAGGGUGAUGAGGGAGGCGUGGGUUCAAAUCCCAGCUUUACCACUGCAGGCUAUAGGAUCCCAGGCAGUGAACAUAGCCUGCCUGGGCCUCAGUGUUCCCACCUGCAAAGUAGAGAUGAAGACAGAAGCUGCUUUGAAGAUUGUUCUGCAUGGGAGGGAUGAACAAGCCCCACAUCGUGAGGGACCGAGGACUGCCACUGAAGAACUGUUCUGGCUGGCUUCCAUCUCUCUCCACAAUGCUGCCAACAGACAGGGAAGAGGGGUCUUAUAUCUGGCAUGCUCGCUUUGCAAACUUUGUGCACAAUGGCUUUGAGGUUCUCAGUCCCACUGCCUUCUGAGUUUCUUUGGCUCUGUUGGACUUCGGGCCAGAAAUGUAAUGGCUGUCAGGAUUCUCACCAUGACAUCACCCGACAAUGUCAGUGGGAACUCGGUGUCUAUAAAAUGAUUCAAAGUCGAUGAGAUGGA